AUGGCUAUUCUUAUCGAAGUACGCGAGUGGGGCCAAGACGCUAGGGCUGGAUGGGGUCAGUGGCCCGAGUUGGUGGGAGAGAUGGAGGGACGGGGGGACGGGGGGACGGGGGACGGGGGGACGAUGAGGGUACUUGUGUACGGAUUGCUGGGUCGGGCUGGGACUUUGGGCUUUGGGACAGCGGGUGGGAGUUGGAGUUGGAGUGGGAGUGGGAGUGGGAGUGGGAGUGGGAGUGGGAGUGGGAGGAGUGGGAGUGGGAGUGGGGGUGGGAGUGGGAGGAGUGGGGGUGGGAAGGGGGGAGUGGGAGUAGCAGAUGGGAGUGGGUGGGAGGAGUGGGAGUGGGAGUGGGAGUGGGAGUGGGAGGAGUGGGACUGGGACUGGGACUGGUGGGACUGGGACUGA